GAUAUACAUCAUUAUUGCCUCUGACUCUACCUGACGCAGCUGAGGCAGUGUGCGAGGGAACCCGCCACAAGCAUCCUGCACCAUGGAGGCGGUCACAGCACCAAAGCCAUGGACAUUAUAUGCAUUAGGACACAGAUCACGGUUUCCUAUUUUAAUGUUCAUUUUAAGCCAAUGUUAUCGGAUAAGAGCAGAUGACGGCGGCAUGGAGGAACUUGCCACGGAGAAAGAGGCAGAGGAAAGUCACAGGCAGGACAGCGUGAAUUUACUUACAUUUAUUUUGCUUUUGACACUCACUAUCCUCACAAUAUGGCUCUUCAAACACAGAAGAGUGCGCUUCCUGCACGAAACCGGACUGGCUAUGAUAUACGGUCUGUUGGUGGGAGUUAUUUUGCGGUAUGGCAUUCCCUCCACCAGCUACCAUAAUAAAACUCCUCCGAGUUGCACCCUGAAGGAAGGUCCUGUCAGCACGGUGCUCCUCAACGUUAGCGGAAAGUUCUUUGAGUACACUCUCAAGGGGGAGAUCAACCUUAGAGAAAUCCACAGUGUGGAGCAGAACGACAUGUUGCGCAAGGUGACCUUUGACCCAGAGGUAUUCUUCAACAUUCUGCUACCUCCCAUCAUAUUCCAUGCCGGAUAUAGCCUCAAAAAGAGACACUUCUUCAGAAACCUAGGAUCCAUUAUAACCUAUGCUUUCCUGGGCACUGCCAUUUCCUGUUUUGUCAUUGGAAACCUCAUGUAUGGGGUGGUGAAACUGAUGCAUGUUUUCGGUCAACUCACUGACAAGUUCUACUACACAGACUGCCUCUUCUUCGGUGCCAUCAUAUCUGCCACAGAUCCAGUCACAGUGCUUGCGAUCUUUAAUGAGCUCCAUGCUGAUGGUGAUCUCUAUGCACUGCUGUUCGGAGAGAGUGUCAUGAACGACGCAGUCUCCAUAGUGCUUUCAUCGUCAAUUGUGGCGUAUCAGCCUGCAGGAGUCAACACACACACAUUUGAUGCCUCUGCCUUCUUCAAAUCGGUGGGUGUCUUCUUGGGCAUCUUCAGUGGCUCUUUCGCCAUGGGAGCAGUCACUGGAGUAGUCACUGCCCUCGUGACAAAAUUCACCAAGCUGCACUGUUUCCCUCUACUGGAGACGGCUCUGUUCUUCCUCAUGUCUUGGAGUACUUUUCUACUGGCUGAAGCAUGUGGAUUCACAGGUGUUGUCGCUGUGCUGUUUUGUGGAAUCACACAGGCUCAUUAUACCUACAACAAUCUCUCGGAGGAGUCGACCAAACGUACUAAACAGUUGUUUGAAGUGCUGCACUUCCUGGCAGAGAACUUCAUCUUCUCGUACAUGGGCCUGGCACUCUUCACCUUCCAGAAUCACGUCUUCAGCCCCAUUUUCAUUGUUGGAGCCUUUAUAGCCAUCUUUAUCGGCCGGGCCUUGAACAUCUACCCCUUGUCUUUCCUGAUUAACCUUGGCCGAAGACACAAAAUCAGUGGAAACUUUCAGCACAUGAUGAUGUUUGCAGGGCUGCGAGGGGCAAUGGCAUUCGCUCUGGCGAUCCGCGACACCGCCACAUACGCGCGACAGAUGAUGUUCACCACAACCCUGCUCAUUGUGUUCUUCACAGUUUGGGUGUUUGGAGGAGGCACCACGCCAAUGCUGUCCUGGCUACAUAUCAGGGUUGGAGAGUCUUCUGCUGCCGAGAAGGAGAGGCUGCGUAGACUGAGGAAUUACAUCAGAGUUGGAGUGGACCCUGAUCAGGAUCUUCAGCAAUGUGGGGACAGCUUCCAGGUCCUUCAGGGAGAUGGAACCCAGUCAGAAGGGCAGAGCAAGACCAAGCAGGAAAGCGCCUGGCUCUUUAGACUUUGGUAUACUUUUGACCACAAUUACCUGAAGCCUAUCCUGACCCAUAGCGGCCCCCCCCUGACCUCCACCCUGCCGGCCUGCUGCGGUCCGCUGGCUCGAUGUCUGACCAGCCCCCAGGCCUAUGAGAACCACGAGCCACUGCGAGACAGUGACUCAGACCUCAUCCUGAACGAAGGAGACCUGACACUGACCUACGGCGACACGGCCAUCACGGCCAACGGAGCCUCGUCCUCCUCCGGCCCCGAAGGAUCAGCCGGGAGCUGGGGCUUGAACGGCAAACGCAGCGACAGCACAUCGGAAGACGCUCUGGAACGAGAACUGGAUACACGUGAACAUGAGCUUUUGAGCCGUGGCACACGUUUAGUUUUCCCCAUCGAGGACCACGCUUGACCCCGCCCCCAAACCUUAAAUCACGCCUCCCUGUGCUUCAUACCUUAACUUUUCUUGCACAUAACUCCAUCUGACCAUUCAUGACCCCUCCAAAGAUUUCAUGCAGUGGGUCUGAAAAAUCAAAGAAACAGAAAGAUGGAGAGCAGGAGGGUUUGCGCUCGGGAUGUAUUUACCAGAAUGGAGGUGGCGUAAUUGAUGAUAUGGCUGACUUUGUGAUUCAUUGUCUCCUCAUGAAAAUGUGACUUGUAGGAGGAAAAAGAAUAUAAAACUGCUGUUAAGAAUGCAUUUCGAAUAGCUUUGGACACUAAAUGUCCUUAUUGCUGUUUUAUAUGAUAAUGGACUGACGCAGAACGGUCUCUGCUGCCCUUAACAUUCACUUUCAUAUGAUCACCACCUGCCACAUAUUAACAUUUUAAGUCAUUAAUUCUUUGUUUUCUGUUAGAAAUGCUGCCACAAACUAGAAAUAAGAUCGACAUAUAUGACUGAGCCAGUUUUUCUUGAAGGGAAGUCAGUUUUUACAUAUAAACAGCCAGUAUUACAUUAGAUGAUCUUUUUUUUUGCAUUAAAAUGCUCACCUCUACCAUCAUGCAAAUGAGUGAGCAGAUCAUAAUGUUUGUAAAUACUGCAGGCCAUACAUUGUUUGACAUGAGUGCAUGUUUAUCUCAUGACUGCAUAUGGGAACCUUGUAAUACUCAACUUUAGUCAGUUGGAGUUUACAUUUUCUGCAAUAUCUUGGUUGUAUGAAAGCCAGGUUUACAUGCUGGUUGUUGUUAAUAUGAAUGUUGAUCUGCACAGACGUGGGACUUUUUUCAUUUUUAACAGCUGGAUGCAACCAGAGUGUAUGAGCCAUGCACUUUAGCUGCAGCUGAGCUGCAGUCCUUGCAUGUAUUGCUGUAUUAUAUUAGAAUAUUAACCACUUGCACACUCUCAGACAGAAUUUAUGCGACGAGGGAUGAUGUAAUCAUCAAGGAGACUUCAUAUAAGAAUCAAAGAGUUCACGUGUGUGGCGUUCAUUUUGCGCCUCCUCACGUUAGAAUGUUCUUGUACGUGGAUCUUUACAUUAUGUAUGAGUUGCUAUAUGGCAGUCGGCGAUUCUGAAAUUAGGAAUCUGUAAUGUUCGGCAUGAUGUUGACCCAGCUGUCUGUUCAUACAGUAUACGGAUGGCCCCGUGCCAUCAACCGCGAACGUGCAUUCCUUCUAUCCUCCGUGUCUAGAAAUGAAUUCUUGUUAAUGAAUAAAUGUCUAAAGUCCAAGCAUUUAGUUAAUAACUAACUUGCAGAUGUUUGAAAUAAGUUAUCAUUCAUUCCAAUUUAUAUUGAACUUCAUAAUAAACUAACCUUGCACUCUUUCCAUGAAAUAACCUUUA